CGGCAAAAGAAAUUGCUGAUUGGAACUGUAGUAAAACCCUUGGGAAAACCCCAAAAUCUCACAAUCUCUCUGUGAGUGAUUUAAAUUAAAUAUAUAGAAUUUAAUACCAAGAAAAAAAAAAGGAAAUGGAGAAGAGCUUCACUCUGAUUCACACAAUCGCAGCUGCCGGCGCCUUCUCUGCUAUUUCCUUCUGGUACGGGUUCAUGUUCGGCCGAGAGUCCGCCCGCAAAGAGCUCGGCGAGUUGAUCGAAGGUCUUCGCCGUGGAAGCUCUGAUUCUGCAGCUUCUUCUUCGCCUCCUCAUUUCUGAAUGGUGCUUUGCCAAAGUCCACAGCAUCUAGAGGGCAGAUAUAAAAAAAAUUUCAUCCUUACAGCUUGUAAUUGAGUUAAUCGACAAAUCCCUUAGCUAUUCAGACAUUUGUUAACCAGUCUCUGAGCCAUCUUUAGCGGUGCAUUUUAAUUUUUGCUUAUGUUAUCCUUGAGAAUUUUGUUUUGCUAUAGAUGACAAUUCUAAAACCCUGGCAUGUUAACCUUACUUUGAGGAUACACUUCUCCUGCUGGAAGAUAGUUGUUUGAUAUUAAGUACUCCUGCUGGAACGUAGUUGUUUGAUAUUAACUACUUUGAGUAUAGAAACGAUGGCCUAGCAUUGAAUUAAUAGAAGGCUUCUUGAAUU